AUGGCCAAUAGUGACAAUGGCCUUGACAGAACCACUUUCACAUUCACACUUUCUGAGUCAGAAAAGCAAAGACUCAAUAAAACUGCAGUCAAUUAUCUUACCAGACCCAUUAGUUUCUUUCAAUUGGAAGAGUUAUUCUCGGAUCAAUCUCAUGCUGAUGGCUCACUCGCAGUUGACCAAACCACUGUCAAUGUGGAUGAUGGUAGUGAUGACAGCGAGGAUGUGAGGGAACUUGAGGGAAAUCUAAUUCCAGCAGACAGUGAUGAAGCUGACUUUGACACUAUUGAUCGUCGCAGUCCUAAAGUUGACUUGGAUGGCAAUCCAAUAAACAAGAAGAGCAAGUGUGCGUCAUCAUCACCUUCCAAGAAGCCAACCAAGGGCAAAGCAAACAAGAAGGGCAAGGUAUCUAAUGAUGAUAUGGUAACCAAUAUCAAGAAGCUAGCUGAAUCCAUUGCAUCCCCUAUUGUGUAUGUGAAACCAAUGACACCUGCAGAUCCUUAUGCAAAUCUUUGGAAGCGGAUCAAUGCUCUUACAAUCCCAGCUAAGGAUAAACUUGAGAUUAUUGCCUAUCUAUCCAAGCCAUACCAAGAUAUAUUUCGUAGCUAUCUUAACUAUGCUGAUGAAACAAUUCUUCGAGAGUGGGUCAUUAGCUACUUUGAGCCUCAGUUUCAUGAAGGUGGCAAUGAUGGAUCUGCGGCUGCUCACUGA